CGCAGGUCUAGGUCACCACGAAGCCGUCGCUGCCAGUUUGGUUUUCUGAGCCAGAGGUUGAACGUUUGGCGAAGCCUGGACCAGAAGCAUGGAUGGGAUCUGGACUCUGGUUGUGUGUGUGGGAGUUGUGUGUUCUGCUGUGCCUGGUUUGACUCAGGGCUCCUCCAGGACAUUGUUUCUGAUCUCAGGUCCAGAGGUGUUGCAUGCUGGGACACCCACCCUGCUGGCUGUCACCGUCCUUGCUGACUUCCCUGGCAGGGUAAUGGUUAAGGUGGCAUAUGGCAACACCAAAAUAGCCCAAACAGAGGACUUCCAAGGAGGUUUGACCAAGGUCCUCACACUCCCUCCUAUUCUUGAAUAUACAACCCAGAAUUCCGACUUAAACUUGACAGUGAGUGGCUACAGAGAGGACAGUCUCAUUUUCACCAACACCACUACACUCAGCUUCAGCCCCAGGAAUGUCUCCAUCUUCAUUCAAACAGACAGGUCACGCUACCAACCAGGCAACACCGUCAAAGCCAGAAUUGUGUCUGUACAGUUAGAUAACCAUCCAUACAAAGGCAGAGUGGAUAUCUCUAUACAGGAUCCCAGUGGGAACGUUGUCCACAGGUGGGAGUCCACAGGGAAUCUGGGGAUUGUGUUGCAGGAAUUCAAUUUAUCCAAGACGCCUCCUCUUGGACAGUGGGCCAUCACAACUACAGUGAAUGGUGUGAUUGAUGAGAGAGCAUUCAUUGUUGAGCAUUACGACCAUCCUCACUUUGAAGUGCUGUUCAAGACACCUUCACAGGUCCUCGUUGGAGAUGACCUCUCAGGAUCAGUGAGAGCUCUUUACCCUAGUGGAAAACCUGUACAGGGAACACUAGCUGUCACUGUGGCGUUUGUUAGGCACAAUACAUCCUCCCGAUUCAUGCUAACGCAAACUAAAGAGAUCUAUGGGUCAACACAGUUUUUCUUCAGCCUAGAUCGGCUUCAAGGCAAUAGCAGCCUUGUGCACAUUACUGCCCAUGUUACUGACAACUCCACAGGAUUUAGAGUGAACAAAACAGUCGAAGUCCACCUCAUGACGAACACAUUCCAGCUCACUUUCCAUGAUUUUCCAUCAACACUAAAGCCAUCUUUACACUUCUCUACAAAACUAAGGAUCUCUAGAUAUGACAGAAAGCCACUCAGCUCACAGGAUCAAAUGCACUCCGCUGUGAUUGAAGUCACUCAGAGAUCAUCCACGACAAAUUCUGAAACUACAACUCUGACACUUCCUGUGCCUCAGGACGGGAACAUCCACAUUCACUUUGAAUUACAGGAUCAAGUAGGACUGCUUUUUAUGCGGGCAAGAUUCCAAUCAAGUGAGGAGACUCUGACUGUCUUCAACAACCAUUCCUCUCCUAGUGGCUCAUAUAUUCAGAUUUCCCCAGUCGACACCUUACCUGCAAAGAUUGGAUUGCCUCUUCAGCUAGAAGUGCAGAGCACCUUUCAACCAACUACGCUUCACUUUGUGGUGAGCUCUAGAGGUCAAGUGGUGGCCGCUGGGACAAAGACUUCCUCCUCCUCUUUUUCUCUGACUCCAACGGUGUCCUGGUCCCCUGAGGCCUGUGUCACUGUCUACUGCAUCCUCCCUGACGGAGAGGUCACCAGUGACACAGCGCACAUACCCAUUAACCAACACGACUAUGUAUCUCUAAGCUGGAGCACUGACAAAGCCCAGCCAGGUGAGCAGGGAUCGCUCACUGUGACUGCUCUUGAUCCGAGAUCCCAGGUAGGAAUCUUGGUAAUGGGGGUGCAUGAUGACGCUCCGCAGGCUGACCUCGACCUAAAAGCGGAGCAGGAAUGUAAUAUUUGGAUGCUGACCAAUGCCAGACUAUAUAAGCAACCUGAUGGACCUAAAAAUGAAGGAGAUGUCCUAAUGGUUGAGAAGUACUGGAGCCAGUGGAUGGAUGCCACUGAAUCCCUACUGUGGUUAGACACUAAUGUUAGUGAUCAAACAUGGACAAGUGAGAAUAUAACAGUGCCAGAUGGCAUUAUGUCUUUGAUAGCUGUUGCACUGGUGAUGUCAGACAACCUGGGUUUGGGCUUCACUCUUGUGCCACAAAAGUUGACCGUGUCCAAAGAUUUUUCCUUGUCUCUGGAUGUCCCAUCAUACCUCAUCAGAGGGGAGGAAAUAGUGCUGGAAGUGAACAUCAUCAACCAUUUAGUGAAUGACCUAGAGGUCAUUGUGCUGCUAGCACACAGUGAGGCCUUUGAGUUUGUUUUGGCAGACAAAGAGGAUGUCUUGGUGGUAAAUGCCCAAAAACUCACCUUAGGGAGUCAUGUGUCUGCUUCCGCGCUCUUCCCUAUAAGGCCUGUGGCUCUGGGCGAGAUGGAAAUAUCUGUGGACGCCGUAUCUGCAGAGGCCUCAGACAGCCUUGUUUGGAGAGUGCUUGUGAAGCCUGAGGGAGUUCAACAGUCCUUCUCAGAGACUCUGUUCCUGGAGAUGGCACCAGUGAUACAGAACAGUUCCAGAUCCGUCUCCUUCUCCUUUCCACCAGAUGUGGUACCAGGCAGCCAGAGUGCCCAUGUGGCAUUGGUUGGUGAUAUCUUGGCAAUGUCCGUCAGCAACUUGGAUUCUCUGGUUCAGAUGCCUCUUGGUUGUGGGGAGCAGAACAUGAUCCACUUUGCUCCGAGUAUUUAUGUUCUCCAGUACCUGGACAAGUCAAUCCAGGACAAUACGGAGAUCAGGAACAGGGCUCUGGGCAAAAUAAUGGAAGGAUAUCAGAGACAACUGUCCUACCAACAAGAUGAUGGAUCAUUCAGUGCUUUUGGAGCCGGCGACCCCUCUGGUAGCACGUGGUUGACAGCCUUUGUGCUGAGGUGCUUCCUCCAGGCUCAGCACUACAUGCAGGUAGACCAGAGUGUCCUGACCAGGGCCGUGACUUGGCUCUUGAAACACCAGGGGCCCCAGGGAGAGUUCAGUGAGGUGGGCCCUUUGAUCCACACAGAGAUGCAGGAAGGACUGGAUAAUGGUCCAGUGGCACUCACUGCCUAUGUACUGAUAGCACUGCUGGAGGACCAGAGCCAAAUGGAUAUGUACCCAGGGAAUGUGUCCCUGGCCCAGAAGUACCUGGAGAACAAAGUGACCAGUGGAGUGGUCAGUAACUACAGCCUGUGUCUGGUGGCCUAUGCUUUAGCUCUGGUCAAUAGUCCUGUGGCUGGCACUGCCCUGACUGAGCUCAGCAGGAGAGCUGACUAUAGAGAUGAAGUUAUGAUGUGGACAUCCUCAACUGGCCUGGAGUCACAUGACGGGCAGCCGCGCUCAGCGCAGAUCGAAAUGGCCUCCUACGUGCUGCUGUCUCUUUAUACGCGUGGCAGCUUGGUGGAGGGCAUUGUUCUCUUAAAAUGGUUAAGCAAGCAGAGAAACCAUCUAGGAGGCUUUGGAACAACACAGGACACAGUAGUGGCCCUCCAGGCUCUGGCUUGUUUCUCUGCCUUCAGUGGUUCCAAUGCCAUCAACCUCACGCUCAACAUAUCUGCCCCAGGGUCUUCGUUUAUGUCACUAUUUAACAUUGACUCCACCACCUAUCUGACGUAUCAGAGCCAAAAGAUUAAUGCUGACAAAGAUCUAAACCUAAAUAUAUACAUGGAAGGAAGAGGAUUUGCAUUAUUCCAGAUGAAUAUCUUUUACAACCUGGAGAGCAAAGCCUUUUCACAGAACAUCCAGCAAGACGAGGAGGCUUUUUACUUAGACGUAAAUGUUACUGACGAAAGAGACAACAAUCGCAUGCUGUUAUCCAUAUGCACGGGAUUAAAGAACAAUCGGAUGGUAUCUCAUACGGGCAUGGUUAUAUUGGAUGUGGGCAUGCUCAGUGGUUUUAGUCUCUCUCCUGGAGCUGCUGCCCUAACAGAUCUUAUCAGGAAGGUGGAGAUACUUCCCGAGAAAGCCAUCUUCUACCUAGAUUCGCUUAACAAAUCAGAGGUUUGCAUCAGACUUCCAGUCAUCAGAGCCUACAAAUUGGCCCGCGUACAGGAUUCUGUCGUGCUGGUUUACGACUACUAUGAACCCACGAGAAAAGCAACAAGAACGUACAACUCAGAUGCUCUGCACAACAUGACCUCCUGCUUUUUCUGUGGUGAAAACUGUGAUCGCUGUAGGCCAGGAAUCACUAUCACGGUGACCUCCCCGCUGUUAUCUCACUCUACAAGCAGCGCUACCUACAGCUUAAUUUUCCUAUUUCUUGGAGUCACUGAUUUUUUUUUUCUUGUAGUCUAAUUAGAUUAAAUUAGAGCUAAGAUAUAAUUAGACGUAAUGAUAUAUGUUUGGCACGUACACACUUUAUAUGCACUGGAUGCCAUUUCAAAUGUUUAGUUAUUUUUUGACAAGUGAUUGUAAUAUUUAGACCCUGUUUGCAUGCUGCUCUUUUGCUCUGUGCACGCACCUUUUACUAUGUGAUUCGUUUUGUAUUAUUUUUUGACAGAAUGCGAAUGAGAAAAUACUGUCUUUGGAAACUAGAAAACAAAUAAAAGAAUUUCUCUACUUAGGUCAUACAAACCUGCCAUUCUCCAUAUGAUUC